GCAUCGUCCUCCGGUCCUCAUUCACAGACACCACUCGUUGCCGCCGGAGAUUGGACAAAAAAUCUGGUGCACCUUGCCAAGACUGCUGAGCUCAAGAAACAUGGCUUGACUCUGCAGAUGCACACCGCGCACAUCCUAUCUGCCCACGCAUCGUUAGAUCAGAAGAACAAGGCGCUUCAAGAUCUGAAGGAGCAGAAGAACAAGCUAGCCAGCGAACGGACUCGUCUACUGGAAGCGCUCAGGCAAAUCAACGAAGAUCGUGACAAAGCGGACAUGCUUGAGGUCACGCUCAACAAGGAAUGUGCCGAUCUUCACAACCAAAUUCAAACCAUCACCGACGGAGACUACGCAGCAGCGAAAAGAGACGUCGACCAACUCCGCCAAGAACUUGGGCAGCAGCCGCUUCCAAGUCUGCAGCAAAUACUUGAAGAGCGGUCUCAACAAUACCUCCAUGAACGUUUACAAGCUGGUAACAAUCCUAGGCCAAAACGAACGGCUGCACCUCCUCUCAAUGCAGAGGGCCAACCCGUCAAGCGACCUAGAGGCCGACCGAAGGGCAGCAAGAAC